GAACAGAAUUUAACGCAGAACUGUGUGUUACCGCAGGUUUCUUCGAAUUGUGGAGAACAUGGACCUCUGGAGCGGUUUAGCUUGAUGAUUGGCGAAAAUAUUCUCCACUUCAGGAUUGUGAAAGCUCCAGUAGAGGAAACUUGUCUCUACGCCACGGAGUACGUCAGGUGCAUGCAAAUGUUCUUUAUGUGGGAAAAUGUUACAAGACAGGAUCGCAUGGGAGACGUUCAUUGUUCCUCGAAACGCUAUCGAUGCGACACCUGUAAUGCACAGUUCUGCUCAAAAGACCGCUUGGUAUCACAUAUGCGUUACCAUCCAGGUAUGUGGCCAUCAUGCACUAUUUGUACGAAAUCAUUUUGUCGUUCCACUUCCUUAGCUUUGCAUAUGAAGAUGCAUAUCACGGGUCAUCGCCACUUCUGUCAGAUAUGUGGUAGAUGGUUCAAAUCGCUGAGUUCUCUCACCGAGCACGAGGUGGGGUAA